AUACCAAACACGCCCUAAGCGGACAGUAAAGAGGUUUUGGAGUCCACCUGUCCGUCUCUCUUUCCCGGAGGGUUUAAGAAUCCCACCUUCACACACACACACACACACACACACACACACUCUCUCUCUCUCUCUCUAAAACCACACCUAGCUAGAGAGAGAAUUGGGAAAAUAAUUGCAUGCGCGAUGGAAGAGAAGAGCAGCAAGAGGAUCCGGCUGGUAUUCAGAGAUGACGACAUUUUGACCGAAACCCAGAAAUCGGAUGGCCUGAAUCGGAGCUGGGUUCUGCUGAAACCCUACCAAAACGACACCGUUUCCGACGUAGCCUCUCAUCUGCUUCACGCUUUCCAACUCCACCAAUCCUGCCCUCACGGCCUUCUCCUCUCUGUAUCGGGCUUUGUGUUGCCGCCAUUUGAAUCCACUGGCAUUUUAAAGGAUGAUGAAGUUAUAAGAGUACGGAAGAGAAGAGAAGUUCUAUCUAUAACAGGAAACAAUGCCGUUGCUGACGAAGUCGAGAAAUUGAGAGCUGCAGAGAAGCAGCCUGUAAAUAACGGUGUGUUGCUUUUAGCCAACGACGAGUUUGAGAAAGAAAAAGGUGGUUACGAGAGUGAUGAACCCGAAGAGGAGCUUGAAGAGGAUGUUGAAGCUCCGAAGAAACGAAAACGAAAAGCAGAAGAGAAAAUUGAAGGCUCUAAGAAGAAGAAGCGACGUUCUGAGGCUACUCGAACCGUUGAGGACAAUGCUCCUACAGAAGAAAAGAUUGAGAACUCUCAUCAUGCGGGAGAGCAUUCAAAGAAGAAGAAUAAACGUUUUCGUAAGGAGAUAAAAGAUGGUUCUGAUGCAGAAGAUAGAGUGGAGGAAAACGAGAAAACGGAUAAAUUAAGUGACGAGAAUGACAUAAAUGUCGAAGUUCAAGAGAAUGGGAAAGCGACUGAGAAUGGCGACGUUGCUCCUAAAGAAACAAAAAAGGGUCCAAGUAGAAGCGCAAGGCGAAAGUACGCCAAGAGGAAGUGGUUGCGGGAAAUGGCGAAGAUUCAGAAGCAAAAUGAAACCUGCGAAUCGGAGGGUCUUCGGAACUGGAAAGAGGAUCAAGCUAAGAAGGCUGGAAGAAAAAACGUGGAUGGCCAAUUGAAAGUACAGCAGAAGUGGAAGAAACAACAAGUUGACGCUGAAAUAAACGAGGUGGAUGACCAACCAAAAGGACUGCUGCACGUCAAAAUAUCUCCUCAAAACAAUCGGUUUGUUAAGGGAAAAAGGCAUCAAGAACGAAAUAAACGUGACCACUUUCUUACACGCCCAACUUAUGUGCAUGAAUUGAGAAAGCGAAAUGGCAAUGAACACGAGCAUCCAACUCAAAACGUUGAUGGAGUUGAGCAGCCAAAUGAAAAACAGGGUGAUGUACAAGAACAACCAGGUCAAAAAAGUGAUGUCGUAAAAGAACUUCCGAAGCAAAAUUUUGAUGCACCGAAACAGUUAAAUGAAGAAAGUGACGAGGAGGGUGAAAUUGUUCCCGUUGUAAUCAGGCCUGGACACAUCCGCUUUGAGCCUAUGGGGAAAGAACAAGCAGCCGUCCAGCAAAAUGACGUACCUUCAGAAAACUUCCAGUGGAACGGAAUAACCAGCAAGAAAAAAGGCCAACAAUGGGGGAAGGAAAAUCGUUCAUUCACUCCUGGGAACGAGUACAAACUUCCAACCAAAGAGUACUCUCAAAUAUCAAGCCUCGAAAAACCGAAACAAACCGAUGAAGUAACCGACUUUGAUAAGCUCCCACCUCUUCCAAGCAUACCUAAGGAAGGAGAUGUCAUUGCUUAUCGUCUUCUUGAAUUAUCAUCAUCCUGGACCCCGGAGCUUUCUGCCCAUCGAGUUGGAAAAGUAUUCUCUUUCAACCCUGAAUCGAAUCAAACGAUGUUGGUGCCUGUACCAGAAUACCCCAUUGUUGCCAAGAUUUCUGACGAGGAUGAAGACGUACAACCAGAUAACUCCCUUUAUAAAGAAGAUGGUUCAUUGGAGAUUGAUUUUUCGUUGCUUAUUGAUGUUCGUAUACUCAACAAUGAGGAUUCGGAACAAGGAAACAAAUCCGUUAGUUUGGUGAGUGAAGGUUCUGUACCCAAUGAAAUCGUUCCAGAAACAUUCUUGCCUAGCGGCAGUGACAAACAGGCAGUUGUACCCAGCCCAGAAACCGGUGGCGCGAGCAUCUGGGACGAAUUCAGCGAGGCUCUAAAUGCAAAGAAGGAACAGCUAUCGAAGGAGAAUGGUUGGGGCAUAACUCCAAAGAAGGUACAACCAUCUCAGGAUAAUGGUUGGGGUAGUAACGCCAAAAAGGUACAACCACCAUCACCGGAAAAUAAUAGCUGGGGCAAGAAUGUACGAAAGGUACAACCACCAUCACAGGGCAAUAAUAAUAAUAAUCGGGAUAAGCAGAGUUCAGGUGGUGGUAGAUCAUGGUCGUAUAAAGGUCUUAGAGGCGGUGGUCUUGCCUCAACAAUGGCUAUGAUAAGAUCGAAAAAGGAUGUGUGGGGUUAGAAAUUAGUUUUUACUCGACCGUGUAUUCGUUCGUGUUAAGCUUUUUAUGUUUCUAAGUCGAAACUUCUUUGUUUGGUUGUCUUUCUUUUUGUAGUCAAGCCUUUUGAAGUAUGUAAAAUGGUGAAUCUUUAGGUUUCUUGUAAAUUGCAGAACUGGAAGCUGACGAAAAUUUGUAAUCUUAUGCUUCGUUUGGUUGGUAAGACGAGUCACGGAUAACUACAAAUGAGGUCUUGUUUGGUGAAUAACUUAUUAUGAAAUUUUAUCUUGAC